AUGGCCCGGCUCGUCGUGGUGGCCUGCGGUGUGCUGGAGGUGGCAGUGGUGAUCCCAAGCAUCUUCGCCGAAAUGGAGUUGAUGUCCCUGUGCGCCUCGCCUCAGCGCUCACGGCUGCAGGGCCCCUGGCCUCUGGUGCUGCUGGCUCCGGUGAUCGGGGCUCUCGCACGCUGCCUCCUGCUGCCCCGGCUCUGGAGGUGCUGCAUCCCGGAGUUCCUGCGAUGGAGGAUGCAGGGGUACACCGGCAUGUUGCAGGCAGCAGAAGUGCGAUGGGGCGUGGCCAUCACGCUGGACAUGUGGUAUUUGCUCAGCACGCCGUUGAACGUGGGCUUGCAGGAGGCUUGGUUCGGUAUCCUCUUGGUCGCCAAUAUCUUCCUCUGCUUCGUGGACACGGUGACGCUCUUGGCCGCCCUCUCCACCAAGCCACGACCGCCUGCGCCGGCGGAGGGGCGCUCCCUCCACCGGGCGCGGCACGUGAAGCUGACUCCGGAGGAGGGGAUGCCGCAGACCUGUUCCAUUUGCCUCUGCGACUUCGAAGAGGACGAGGCCGCCGUGCAGCUGCCAUGUUCGCACGUCUUCCACGGCGAGUGCAUCACCGCCUGGCUCCAGCGCAGCCGGCACUGCCCCAUGCGCUGCCCGGAGCUGGUCCUCCCGCCGAGGCGGCAGAGCCGCCCUCGCGGCGCUCGCGGCCGUCCCGCCGAGAUGCUCCACCAGCACAAGCUCGCAAGCGUGACCUUUCGGCCGAGACCUGUGCCUCAGAACGUGACGCAGCCCAGCAUGGCCUUUCGCGGCCUCCACCGUCCCCGCGGUACAAGGCUCUUGGCCUGUGGGAUCGCAGCGCUGCUGCUGGGCUCCGCCUUUUCCGCCCUGUCGUUCGUCACGCCCAGGGCCCCGGCCCCUCGGGCAGCGAGUCGCGUUCCGGCGCAGUUCUUCGGCUCCAAGGGUGCGGAGCCCGCCAAGUACGAGGAGGAAACGCUUGGGGACAAGAUCAAGGCGGCGUGGAAGGACGAGAACACGCAGAAGUUCAUCGCUUUUGUCGCGACGGCUUCCACCGCCCUGGACGUGCUGGGUCUCUUCACCGGAGAGGCCUCGGUCACCGCCGGCAUCGGUGAGGCCUUGGCAUCCCUGGACACUGGCGUGGCCCUCCAGGAGGGGCAGACUGCGGCGGAAGCCCUGGCAGACGCUGCACAGUCUGCAGACUUCAGCGAGUCCCCCGAGACCCUGUCCGACUUGACUGAGAACUUGAAGAACUUGAAAUGA